AUGGACAUCAUUCCUCCUUUGACCGGUCGUCAUUUCGUCCAGAUCGAGAUGCCUGCUCUGGCAACGGAACAACCCCUCGAGGGCCUUGACCAGGCUCUUCAAGAUGACUUCAACCGUAAGCGCGAAGAGAUGCAACGGGUCGCAAAGGACUGCGUCGUCGUUGUCGACAAUGUUCCAAAGAUCGGAGCCGAGAAGUACCCACGUCUUGUUUCGAAGCUAACUCCGCGUUUCGAAGCAGCCGGUCGACUGCGCCGUGAUGGCGGCGAUAAACCCUUUUUGGAGUUUGUCCAGGGGGAAAAUGGUUCUUCCCUUGGAUAUGCAAUUGCGGAAUACAUCAGCCCUGAAGAGGCUCACAAAGCUAUAGCUUUGUUGCAUAAUUUUCAGCUGGAUCGUGCACAUCGGUUCUGGGCAUGCACGGCGGGCGACUUCGAGCGCUUGCAGCAAAUGCCCGACGAGUUUGUUCCACCCCAGGCGCUCCCAGUUGCGGAUAGAGACCGCCCCAAUUUCAAGAGCUAUCUCUUAGAUGAGCGCGGCAGGGACCAGUUCAUGAUCCGCCAUCAGGAUGAGACCAGUAUAUAUUGGCAUGAUCAUGUCGUCAAACCUCAGCUUGACUUCGCUCGCCUUAAGUGGACUGAAGCCGCUGCCAUUUGGUCCCCUCGUGGGACCUACGUUGCCACAUUCCAUUCACGUGGUAUCAAGCUGUGGGGCCGUCUCCCUGUACAGAAGGACGCCGAGGUAGAAUACGGUCUCAUCAUGCGCUUUGAGCAUGUGAGCGUGACGAUGCUCGAUUUUUCACCGUGCGAGAACUAUCUCGUUACUUUCAACGGAACGGAGCCCGAGCGGGAUGACAAGCGCAACCCCAGGGCCCUGGUUGUAUGGGAUAUUCUCACUGGGAGAAGAAAGCGUGGCUUCAUGGGGCCUCCACGAUCGAUUUUAGAUUCAGACGGAAGCAUUCCGUGGCCAAUCUUCAACUGGUCGCACGAUGACAAAUACUUCGCUCGUCUGAAUGAAAAUGCUAUCUCCGUGUACCAAACUCCCGACAUGGGUUUGGUGGAUAAGAAAUCCAUCAAGAUUCCUCAUGUCAGGGGUUUCGCGUGGUCGCCAAAGGAUAACAUUAUGGCGUAUUGGACUCCAGAAGUUAACGACUCCCCGGCUAGAGUGUCUCUUAUCGAAUUGCCAUCAAAGAAAGAAAUUCGUCAAAAGGCUCUUUUCUCAGUCUCCACGAUUGUUUUGCACUGGCAACAAGAAGGAAAGUUUUUAUGUUGCAAGGUCGACAGAUUAACUAAGAGCCGGAAAGGUCAGUUUACGAACUUCGAGCUAUUUCGUGUCAAGGCGAAGGAUAUCCCUGUGGAGGUCCUCGAAUACAAAGAGAAGGACAUUAUCAACGCAUUCGCAUGGGAACCGAAUGGCAGUCGCUUUGCAGUGAUUCAUGCAUACAGUGAUGUCCCAGGGAAGACGGAUGUCAGUUUCUUUACUAUGGAAGGCUUGAGCGGCGAGCUUAAGGAGCUGUUUACUUUAGAGAAGAAGACAGCAAAUCAAUUGCAUUGGUCUCCGAAAGGUCGGUUUAUCCUGCUUGCUGCAGUCUGCACCCAAAAUGGAAACCUUGAGUGGUAUGAUGUGAACGACGCCCAGGGCAAGGAGAAUCCAGAGCCGGUAGGUGCCAACGAGCAUUUCUCUUGCAAUGAUAUCCAGUGGGAUCCCUCUGGUCGUUUCGUAACAUCAUCCGUCACCUGCUGGAGAAGCAGCAGCGACAACGCGUACGUUAUAUGGACCCUUUAUGGCAAGGAGUUGUGCCGCGUGAAUGUUGAUCAGCUCUACCAGUUUUCGUGGAGACCUAGGCCGCCGCCACUUUUAUCGGCGAAGCAAGAACGAGAAGUCAAGAAGACAUUGAAGACUCGGAGAGAGCGGUAUGAAAGGGAAGACAAAGACCUCAAAGAUUCCGUUAGCAGCGGCAAAGCUGCCCGACGCAAGGAACAACGAGAUAUGUUCAGCGCGUUCCGGGAGUCUGCACGACGUAUCCAAGAAGGAGAGGCAGAGAAGAGGGCCAAAGCAAUCGCCUGCUACGCUAAAGUUGAAGACGAUACUGAGACCAUCGUCGAGAUUGUUGAGACGAUUGUGUCUGUCAAGACUGAGAUUGACUGGAACAAAAAACUGCUUACAAGCGACGAUGAACGCGAUUAAUUUCAUAAUUAGGUUUGGACAAGUCAACCAUGAUUUAAUGGGGAUAUCCAGCAAAUCGUUAAACAGUAAAGACAGGCAUUUGUAUCGAG